AUGAGUUUUGCACCUCCGAAAAUAAGAGUCGCGCACGGAAUUCCCCUAAGCGAUCGUUGGCUGAACAUACAUUGCGCGUACGUAAUAAAAAGAAUGAAUAAGAAUCAAACGUUUAUAGGCGCGACUAAUGAUUUAGAGUAUGAAUUAGCGAGAGUGAGUGCCGAAAUUCAGAAUGUAGAUGCUCCAAAGAGAAUGGGUGGAAAAAUGGAACCAAUUUUGGCAAUAACUGGAUUUACUCAUGCAACCGAAACAAAAACAUUUGCAAAGGAAUGCGAGAAAAAUUUCAAAUGGGGCAGAUACGAUAGAUCAUGGCAUAGUAAAAUAAAGCCCAAAGUCGAUCAAAUCAUUCCAAAUUUUCGCCUUAUCGGAAAAGUCUGGGGCAAAACACCCAAACAUUCACGUGGUCCCAAGGGAGGUUAUGGUCUCGAAUCGGAGGGUAAAAUACCACCGCCACCACCUUCAUUCAAAAAAAUGACCUUGACAUCGGGUGUCUUACGUCGUGUUUGGACAAUUCGCGAGACAUUUAGACACGAUGAUCCGGGAGCAGAUGAGAAAUUUUAUCAGCAUUGUAGUGAUUAUCAAGAUUGGUAUAAGAAAUUGUGUGCUAGAUUGGCGAAAAGACAACGAAAACUUCAUCGACAGGAAUUAAAAAGGGUAUAUAUAAAUACAUUGGGAGCUGCACCUAUGCCUUUUCUAACACUCGGAGAAUAUAAAAUAGAUAAUAGCGCAGAGGAGUUGAUUAAUGACAUGGGUUUAAUCAAUGAUUUUUCAUCAGAACCAUGGAAGAAAGGUAUAAAAUAUGCAGACCGAGAUCAAUUAGAUGAAUGGAGCGAAUCCUAUACGGCGGGUCAUUAUGAUUUGCAGCAAAGGAUUAACGAUUUUGAUAAAAAACUAAAACAACUUAAUAACCGGCCAACAACCUUACCCAAUCUUAAUCCUCCGCGUGUAUGGCGUAAAGAAAGAAAUUGGAUAGUGCAUUGGUCACCAAAAAUAAUGAAAAACGAGGAAUUAUUCAAGCUAUUAACAAAAGAUUGGGAUUUUCUAGAGUUACGUAAUAAUAAAAAAUCAGAAAUUAAACAUAAAGAAUUAGUAUAUGAUUGGCGACCGAGUACUCAAAGAUCACCGAAAUGGAAAAGAACUCCUGGCUUAUUAGAGCCUUUACCUCAACGUAAAGAUAUAUUAGCAGUACCACGAAGAAAGCUCUGGAGAUACGUAAGUAGAGAAGGAGAUUAUUACAGUCAUAGUGAAGAUGAAAGUGAUGACGAUGAGGACUUUGACACUGAAGAUAAUUUUUCUCGCAGCCGCGAUAACAUCAAUUUAAGUAAUCCUGGAAGUUCUUCAGGAUUUUCUUCUGGUCGAAAUAGUCUAUCAGUUUCUUAUCAAGGACCUCAUCGUAGUUCUAUUCGAGGUCGCCAUAAUAAUGAUUCAGACGAUGACGAUUGA